AUGCUGUCACUACCACUACUCGCGCCUCAAAAUACUCGCCGCCAAACCUCUCAACAAACCGCAGCGCCAACCCGACAAUCGCUCGCCCAGCUACUCGCCGACGAACAAGCCAUCUCGCACCGCAAACACAACAUCCGACGUUUCGGGGCCGGCUGGAUAAAGCCGCCUGGCGUGGCGAAAACACUGCAAGCGGAGACUGAAGAAAAAGCAGAGAGGGAAGAGCAAGAAGCGUUGCAGAGGAGAGAACAAAUGAUGAUGGAUAUGCAGGCGCAGCAAGAGGCCGAGGAAGCGAGGAAUAGGGCUGUUGCUGCGGAAGCGGAGCAAGAAGCAGAGGAAGAGCGAGAGAGGGAUUUGGAUGAGGAGAUUCCCGAUGCUGAUGGGGAAGACGAGGAAGAUGAGGAUAUUACUGAUUCGGAUGAGGAUGAAGAGGAGGAAGAUGAAGAGGAAGAGGAGGAUAUGCAGAGUGAAUUGCAGUCCGAGAUGCUGUCACGUGUGCACAGUGAGAUUCCUGUCGCAGAGGACAUUACGUUCAAUGAGGAGAGCAUGUUUGCGGAUACCAGUAUUGCUGCUUUGGACGAGGAGUCGAGGGAGCAAGAGAGGUAUCGUCAUUUGCAAGAGGCGGAGCUGACGGGUGUGGCUCAAGAUGAGCUUGAUCUGGGCAUUGAAAGAGAUUUGGAUGACAGUGUGCCAGAGGCUGGCAGCUAUCAACACACUGACAGCGAGCUCGAAGACUCGGACGACGACGAAGAUGACGAUGAAGAAGAAGAAGAGGAGGAAGAGCAGAGUCAAUUGGAACAGCAGGAAGAGGAGCAGAGCGAGAUCGUUGGAGCAGUCAUGCAACGCAGUCGCAGCAGUCUGUUGAGCAGAGACGUGAGCUCCCUCCUCGACAGCUCCUUUGUCACCAGCAGUCCUGCACCCGCCGGCCGCCUGAGGUCUGCCGGCCACAGAGCCAACAGAUGA